AUGACAGGCGUCGCUCAACACUCAUACUAUAGUGAGAACUCUUUCGCCAGCGGUCAGACCAAACGCCCUCGUGGACCACGGCCGAAGCGCAAGUCCCAAGACGCCGAGGACGUGGCUUCGCAACAGCGUUCGCUAGCGGAGGACCUGAAAGCACAGGCUAUUGCCGAGUAUUUGAAUAACCAUCUGACUAUACCCAAAGAACAACCGAGUCUACUACGGGCAACAGACAGUGACUUAUUGCCUCUAUGGACGGCUAAAGGCGAAUAUCCGAUUCUAGAUCAUGCCGUAUCUGCUAUGGCUCUUGUUCUGUACUCGCGAAUUCACAAUUGUCCGCCGGCAGCCACUGAAGCUUGCCUGGAAUACGAGCAGCUAUUACAAAUAGUUCGAAAAUCGACGCCUGAACUAAACGAAAGCUCUAUUGAUUCGUACCUGCUUGCUAUAUUUUUUAUGGCCCGGUACGAAGAUGCAGUGCACCCCUCUGACAAUGAUACCCCGGAAAGGAUUUUUUCAGGCGUCCAAUACACGAGCUUUGAGCACCACGAUGGGGCCCUUGCGGCCCUAGCGCUGUGGAAAGAAAAGCUUAGCGAUGUCAAGCGACCUUCUACUAUUAUGAAGCAUACACGGCGAGGGCUAAUUAGGUCUGCUUUGCUUCGCAAGACCGCAUUGCCGGAUUUUUUGCUAGAUGGGGCGGCAUAUGGCGAGCAGGGUAUAGAUUUUGAAUAUGACAACAUUGUCGUGCGAAUUGUACAUAUCCGUGAACGACUGGCAGAGUUACUCAAACUCCAGCAAGGCGUUGAUAUUGAUUGUCAUGCGCGACAUGCCACUUUAGAGGCCCUCGAAAAAGAGGCACAAACAAUCGACAAGGAUUUACACGAUCUACCUACCCGGUUUCCUAGUGCGUGGGCAUAUAAAAGACACACUACGCCAGAAAGUUUUUCUACCUCCUCUUAUCCGACACCGGAAUUUUUACGCCCAAUAGUCUACACGUGCUCAAGUGUGGAGUACGCAGGAGUCUGGGCCUUAUAUUUCGCCACGAGAAUUCUGGUCAACGAAACACGCCUGGAAACACUUGACGCGGCCAAAUUUCUUCCUUACGAGCUCAGUUUAGGCUGUCACUCCAUAUUGAAGACGACGGCCGACGAUCUAGCGUCCAUCCUACCGUUUUGCCUAGGAAACAUCAAGCUCGUUCAACACAAAAAUAUACCGGAAUCCAUUGAAGUGCUGCCUAAAGAAGAUUUUUUAUUUAGCGAUAUCCGUUUAUUGGUCUGGCCUUUGAGUCUUGCUGUUGGCUUCGAUCAUCUAGAUCGCGAGCAGCGGUCGUGGUUUGGGGCGUUGCUCGUUCGGAUUGGGAAGGCAUUUGGAUUUGGAAUACUUGAGUCGGCUGGGUCUUCUGUGAAUGAAGUUUGA